AUGUCGUCGAAACGUCGUGGGCCUCCCAUGAAGGCGCCGCCUGCCAAACGCCCUUCAAAGCUCGCGAAAGAGAAUGGUAUAACGGCAGAGCAAGAGGCUGAGAUACGCGAAGCAUUUGGCCUCUUCGCUGUGUCGCAUCCCGAACACGAAGGCUCUAAGGAGGGUGUGUUGAAGAAGAGCGACGUGCGCAGAUGUCUCAUUUCGCUGAACCUCACACCCGACAAGUCCGAGAUGUCGUCCAUCCUGUCUACCAUCGAUCCCCUCAAUACCGGCUACGUCGAGUUUGUGCCUUUUCUUUCAUACGCUGCCAUCGCAAUACACUCCAAGGAGCAAGGGUCCGACGAAGACGAAGACGGCGACGACUACCAAGGGGAGAGCAAUGCAGAGGAAGUCAGCGCGGCUUAUCAGCUCUUCACGCACGGCGCCCCGGGACCGAUAACACUUGGGCAUCUGAGGAGGGUUGCGAAGGAGCUGCGAGAAGAUGUGCCAGACGACGUAUUGAAGGAUAUGAUCCUUGAGGCAAACGGCGGGGUCAAAGGUCAGGGCAAAGAUGUCGGAGGAGUCAGCCUCGAAGAUUUUGAGAGUGUCAUGAAGAGAGCUGGGUUGUCUUUCGGAUGA